GUAUCAUCCCUUCAGAAAUCGCAACCUUCCCAUCAGAGCCCAAUAAUGGCAAGUGGAGAGCAAAGACUGGGUCAAUUAGCUCAACAAACCUCCACUCUUUCACUCCACGAAUCACCAUCACCGCUAGCCAAUCUUCCCCAAGAAAUCAUCGCCGAAGUCCUAGCAAGAUUGCCCGUGGAGUGCCUCCUGCGCUUCAGGUGCGUUUCCAAAUCGUGGCUUGCCUUGAUAUCCACUCAUCAUUUCGUGAAUACCCACCUCCAUGUUUGCAAGAACAAGCACGAAUCUAGCCGGAACAGGCUUUUUCUCAUCGCCUCAUUCUCUGGUCUGGGUAAGAUCUGUUCCAUUAGCUCCAUAGUCCCUGAGAAUUCCUCUCCCACUUUAGUUGAGCUCAGUCGUUUCUCCAAAAGCCCGUGUAGAUCUCCGAGAAUCCUGGGCUCCUGUAAUGGAUUGCUGUGUCUAUCCACUGUCCAUUUUAAACUGAUUCUGUGGAACCCUUCCACGAGAAAAUCCAGGGAAUUUCCAGAUUCGUUUAUUCAGACGAAGUCCGGGUGUUAUAUUAGAUAUGGGUUUGGCUAUGACGAACGAACUAAUGAUUAUAAAGUUGUGAAAAUGUUCAGUUUUGAGAAAAAUGGCGGCAGGCAUGAGAACAUAGUCAAGGCUUAUAGCUUACGGGCUAAUUCUUGGACUAUGAUGUCUGGUUUUAGCAGUGCAUAUAUUUAUGGAAAGUGUGGGGUGUUUCUUAAUGGAGCUAUCCAUUGGGAAAUUCGUGACACUGAUUCCUGGGAUAUUGUUGCCCUGGAUUUGGGCACGGAGAGGUAUCGAACCAUGGCGCUUCCGAGAGCUGAGAAUGGGAAAUUCUACUGGACCUUAGGGGUUUCGCGGGGAUGCCUUCUUGCCUGUUGCUUCUAUUACCCAAAGAGGACUCAUUUGUGGGUGAUGAAGGAGUAUGGAGUUGCGGAAUCUUGGACUAAAGUGGUGUCUUUCACGCUGUCUGAUCAUCAUAGGGGCUAUAUCACUGUGUUGCAUAUGUCUGAGAAUGGCGAGGAGGUCUUGCUGAAGCUUGGAACCCAGCUUGCGGUUUAUAAUUCGAGGAAUGGAUCGUUUAAGCAUGUCGAGUGUGUUGCCUCUCCCCGCACUAUUGAGGUUCAAUCAGCUACCUAUGAUGAGAGCCUGGCGUUGCUGGAUAUUGGCCAUGACAGCCAAAUCUAAGCAAGAAAAGAGAGAACUAAUAUGAACAAAACCGAGAUUGUUAAAUUGGAGUUAUUCUGCUGUUCGUGAUAAAGAACUCGUAGUCCCACGCUCCUAGAUGCAGAAAACGAAGGUUCUAUCUCAGAAUCGCGGUUUUAUGGCAGCAAGGAAGUGCAAGAGUAAGGGCUUCACUCGGUUUCUUGAGUGACAGCCCAACCUUACUGCAGAAAAACCAAGAUUCUGCUGACCAAGAAUCUCAAGUUUGUGGCCUCAAACAGGUCGAAAUGUUAAGAAUCUAAAUCGUCAUCAUGUCUUGGAAGUGAUAAAGAAUGUGUGUUUGCUGUUACAUGUUGGAAAUAGUAUAUGAAAUAUGUAUGUAUGUAGUGUCAACUUCUGUUAGUAUUCUGAGCUGUGUAUAUCAGAUAUGGAGCUGGAUCAAGUUUAUGUUAUUGUCAUUCAGUGUCCAAUAAUGAGCAAUACAAUAUAGUGAUCCAGCAUUCA